AUGCGAUCCAUAAGCUUGUUAGCUUCUUUAUUGGUCGCUCGGAGAUCCUUUGCUAGGUCGCAACUUACCUUGCGAAGCAGGUCUCAAUAUUCGAGGAAAGACGUUUCCCGUGUGUCACGCGGGGGUAGUGUGCCGAUAGAUGGAGAACUUACUAAAACGGCGCCAGCUGGAUCGCUCAAGGAAGCCUUUACAGGUGGAAUAACAGGCUCGAUUGCAGGCGUAGCACAGGUACUCAUGUUCAUGUGGUUGCGCACGGCAAUGAACUAUCAGUACCGACAUGGUGGAAGCCUGCGAGCUGUACUCCUUGUUCUUUGGGAAGAUGGUGGCGUUCGCCGAUUAUACCGUGGACUUCCCUUUGCUAUUUUGCAAGGUCCUCUGACUCGAUUUGGGUCUGCGGCAGCAAAUACGCUCGUUCUUGGCCUUCGCGACACAGAUGCUUUUGGGUUGGGAAAGUACCCCAUCUAUGUGGUGACAAUGCUCGGGUCGCUGCUAACGACAUGCUACCGUUGUGUACUUAUGCCCAUUGACACUCUGAAGACGGUGUCUCAGGUUGAUGGCUGCUAUGGCUUCAAUGCCGUCACUCGUCAUGCUUUUGCGCAUGGAAACAUCUCUAUACUCUACACGGGUGCGUACGCGAUGGCUGCCUCGACGUUCAUGGGCCACUACCCUUGGUUUUUGACAUUUAAUGUUCUCAAUGUUCUCUACCCUAAGCACAACAAGGCCAUCUAUAACUCAAUUCGUCUCGCAUUAAUGGGCUUCAUUUCAUCUAUCGCUUCCGACGUUGCAUCUAAUCCCAUUCGAGUAAUUAAGACUACAAAACAAUCUAUGGCCGCUCAGAGGUCUCUCACAGCAAUAGUUCGCGAUAUUGCCAUGAUGAAUGGUGCGUCCGCAUUCUUCACUCGAGGUCUUUCCACCCGCAUCAUUGCCAAUGGGCUCCAGUCUAUCGUAUUUACAGUCGUCUGGCGCCUUCUACUCGAAUAA